AUGCUAGACUAAUUAGAUAUCUUUGGUAGUUAAAUUUUCCUAAGAUUUAACAAAAAACAAACAUAUAACACAAGAUUAGGAUCAUACUUUACUCUCAUAAUAUAUUUACUUAUCUUUUACAGGCUAUUUGGAUUAAUUGAAGAUGUAAUUCAAAGAAAUAAUCCAGAAGUUAUCUACAACGAAAGAUAAGUUGAUGAUCCUGCUAUAUUUCAGGCGUCAAGUAAAAGUUUUCCCAUGGCAUUUGCAAUGGAAGAUCCUAUUGAUUUUAAUCACUUUAUUGAUGAAAGCAUUUAUACAGUCACUGCUUUUUGGAAUUAAAAACAUUUAGCUUUCGAUGACGCUAAUUAAUAGUAUAUUUAUACUUGGAAUCAAACAAGCAUAAAUGUUUAACCCUGCACAAUAGAAAAUUUCUAAAAUCUUGAAAAUUAAAAAUACUACCUUAAUCUUAACUAUACUAAUAUGUAUUGUCUUCCUCCUGAUUUUGAGUUACCAAUUUAAGGGGACUUUACUUCUUUAGUUUAUUCAGAAAUUCAGAUUAUGGUUAAGAAGUGCACUAAAAAUUGUUAAUCUUAAGAAAUUUUGGACAAAUUUCUUUAAAGGUCUAACUUUGGUCUUUAGCUAUCUGACUCCUACGUAGAUCCAACUAUUAGUGAUAAUCCAUUCAAAAUUUACUCCAGAGAUAUGUUUUGGUCUACUAGUACUUAACUUCCAAAAGAUGUGACUGUUUACAUCCGUAAUAAUUAUGUUUAUAGCGAUUUCGGAUUGCUUUUUACUGAUGUAACAACUUAAAGAUUACCUGCUUAUAGUUUUUAUGAAAGUUAAGAUUAUCCAUCAUCGUUUUAGGAUUAUUUUCUUUCCAUUUAUUUCAGAUUUGAAAAGCAAAAAGAGGGUGUCUAUAAAAGAUCCUAUAGAAAAUUUAGUUCUAUUUUGUCUGAAAUUGGAGGAUUUACUUAGAGUUUUCUUGCUAUUGGAUAUAUAAUUUGCAAAAAAAUAUCGCAGACAAAGUUAGAUAUUGACCUCAUUAACAAAGCAUUUAAAUUUGAAGGGAGUUUAAAAAGUAAAUAAUAAAAUGAGGAAAAUGAAGCAAAUAAAAGUAUAAUACAUUAAUAACAAAAACAAGGAAAUGAAAAAAAGCUUAAAAAAUCAAACUAAAGUUAAGAAAAAAAAAAUAGUUCCAAAGUUAUUUUUAGCAGUAGUGAUGAAAAUUUGAGAAAGACUUAAUAACCUUCUAAAAAUAAUAUAUAAAGCAUUAUUUAAAAAAGCUAAAUAAAUGAAAAGGGUUAAAAACAAAUUCUACCUUAAAACCCCCCAAAAAAUAGCCUUAUUUGUUAAGAUUAAAAAUCUGAUAAAUUUUAUUGUAAUUUAAAUGAAUAAGAUGCUGUUUUGGAAUAAAACGAAAAUAAAAAAGGCAAUUAAUUAAAAAUUUCUUAGCUAUUAAUGAGCUAUAUUUAAGAUUAGAGUACAUAAUUUAAAAAAUCAGUUGGAAUACCUGAUAAUCAAGAACAAUAAAUUAAUAACUUAUAAAACAAGGGGUUUUCUGAGAAGGAAUAAGAGAAAAGCAAGAAAUAAGUAGAGGAUUAGUUCAAAAAGAACUUUGAUAAUUAAAUGAGCUCUAUGUAACUUAGUAUUUGGCAGUAUUUCAAAUCGGCUAUCUUUUGUUAUUUUAGUAAACUGCACAAGGAGUAAAAAAAUAUAAUAAAUUAUAGUAGAGAAAAGCUUUAUUAUAACAUUGAUAUAUUCAACAUUAUUCAUAAAUUAAAUGAAUUAGAAAAGUUAAAAAGACUAAUUUUUGAUCAAGAUCAGCUAAAAUUGUUUGAUUACUUACCUAAACCUACCAUCUAAACUGACAUUUCUAUGAAAUAAAAUGAUAAAAAAGAAGAAAUAGAAAUUGACUUGCUAUAUCAAGAUAAUAGAUCAGAAUUAUAAAAAGCAUGUGAAAGUUUUUAAGCCUACCAGAAUAUAGCUUAUAAAAGUGAUUAAUCCACUUUAGAUCAAAAACUAAUCAAUUAACUUGAUCCUGUUCUUAAAAAAAUGUUCAAAUAGUUAAACGAAAAGUCUGUUGUAUUAAAAAAUUCAAUAUCAUAAAAUGAAGAUAAUAGGAUAACAUCUUUUUAAAAUUUAACUCCUUCAAUGAGAUAAUCUAUAAUAAACUUAUCAAAUUAAAAUUUCUAGAAUAACUAAAGUAAACUUGGAAAAGAUAAAAACUCUUUUAGACUCUUUUUAAACCCUUAAAUAUCAUCUAAAAGUAAUCCAACAGCAUUUAAGCUUAAUUAAUUUGAAUAAUAAUAAUUUAAUGACAUAAAAUAUCAGCAAUCCAAAUAACCAGACAAUUAAAAUCAAUAAUUUAUCAAUUAAAGUUCUGAGAGUUAGAUUUAAGAUGAUGAAUUUGAAGAAAUAUGUCAAAAUAAUAAAAAAAAGAAAUUGAAUGCUUUUGUAAGUAAUAUGAAUUAACUAUCUUAAUUAUGA